CGGGGGGAGUGGCACAAUGUGAUAAAGGUUACUACGAUAUUUGGAUCUUUGAUUACUCUUUAAUUCAUGCAACAUUUGGUUGGUUUUCUUUUCCUUUUUUUUUACAGAUUGUUCUUAAUGAAAAGCUCGAAAACAGUUAGCCGAUAUUCCAGCAUCUCGAAAAAUGGAUCCGGGACCGCGUUGGCAGAUUAUUCUCCACCGAUUGCUGGAACCGCACCAUUGUCAUUCCCAUUUCAUUCAUCUUCAGCAGAAGUAGUCAAAGGCUUUCUGUACAAAUGGACUAACUACAUGAAAGGUUAUCAGCGUAGAUGGUUCAUCAUAAGCGGGGGAAAUUUGUAUUAUUACAAGUCACCCACCGAAGUUGAAUUGACAUGCCGUGGAAGCAUGUCACUUGUUAAUUGCCAGAUAGAGAGUUGCGAAGACUCCUCUGGUUUUCAAAUAAUUGCUGCUCAAACGUGGCAUCUAAAAGCAUCUACGGAAAUCGACAAACAACGUUGGAUGCUUGCCUUGAAAUUGGCUCGUGAGUGGGCAAUCGCUGAUGCUAAAGCUAGCAAUUAUUUGGCAGACGAAGAGGAAGUUUUUGCCGCCUCUUUCCAUGAAUCCGAAAUUGUGUCCGAAAAAAACAUGCUGGUGACCAGUGGAGCUGAGUUGAAGAGCGAGAUAAUGGUUUUCAACCAGAAGUUAGACGACAUCAGUACUUUAAAAAACUUGAUUAGUAAACAUCAUUCGGAAUUUGUGAAAGAUCUUUCUGUGCUCUCCAAGAUGGUUGGACAAGAAAUUGGUCGGAAGGCAGCUAAAGGUGAGAACGAUACCGAUAUUGCAUCCCAGCUGAAGGUCGUACAAGAAAGAGCAACAUUGUUGAAAGUGACCAGUGGUACAAUGUUAUCAACAUGCUCCGAUUUUGUUGAAGUAUCUGAAGAGCAGAAGAAGAAAUGGGAGCGUUCAAUGCGCUUAGAAAAACAACAAAUAGCCCGGCUACAAAAAACGAUUGAAGAUCUAUUAAAAUCCCAAGCACAAAUUGACAGUUAUCUUCUGAAUAACUUAUCAAACAGUGGCAAAACUCAGGAAUCCUACGAUCUGCAAGAGAAACUACCUCGCGAAGAAGUGGCAACUGCUUGUCUGAAACCAACUGUUGUUUCAUCUGUAAAACUGGGAUGUGAAGAAAGGCAGUCGUCUAAUUUUAAUUCUGAUAGUGAAACUGACGAGUUUUUUGACUGCGUGAAAGAUGACCGAAAAGAAGAUCAAAAAUUGUCAUCGCUGAUUAUAGGUGCUGAUUCUAUCGGAUUAGGUCCUCCGACUGCAACCGAUAAUGAUAGCCUUGAAAAUGACAACUCAGUUAUUGUUUCUAGCGCGUCUGACCCACCGAUGAGUGUAAUAUCUGAUGGUGGCCCAGAUCAAAAUCUCCACCGAACAAGCAUACCACCAAGGCCAGAGAUGUCUCUUAACCUCUGGAAAAUUCUCAAGAAUUGUAUUGGGAAAGACUUGAGUCGAAUUCCAAUGCCUGUGAAUUUCAACGAGCCGCUUUCCUUUUUGCAAAGGCUGGCUGAAGACUUGGAAUAUAGCAGUUUGCUAGACACCGCUUGUAGUUCAUCUUCCAUCGCCGAGCAAAUCGCCUAUGUUGGUGCUUUUGGUAUAUCAGUGUUUAGCACGACAGUUUACAGACACAGCAAACCAUUUAAUCCGCUCCUUCACGAAACCUUUGAGUUGGACCUCUCAACGGAAAAACAGGGGUUCCGUUUGAUAUCAGAGCAAGUUAAGCACCAUCCUCCGAUAUCAGUGCAGCACGUCGAGGGACGCGGAUGGAGUAUGAGACACCAAUAUUCGAUGAACUCCUCAUUUAGGGGAAAGUUUCUCCAAAUAACUCCGACUGGAGUUCAGCAGGUGACGUUUGAUGAUGGAAAUCACUAUAUUUUUUCAAAGCCCCAAACAAUUGUUAACAAUAUCAUUGUGGGAUCACUCUCGAUUUACCAACAGGGCGACAUGUUAGUAACAAACAUUAAAACAAACGAUAGAAUGCUUAUUAAAUUUCAUGUACCUUCAUUUGGCGCAGCUACAUAUAAAAUAACAGCAGAUAUCUUGUCCUCUGAGGGAAACUUGCUCGGGAAAAUAUUUGGAUUUUAUAAUGAGAGAAUAGAAUUCACGGAUUUGAGUGGAAAAACCAGUAAGACUAGAGUUAUCUGGACUGCAAACCCGGUGAUAAACCCUGAAAGGUACUUCAUGAGUGAGUUUGCAAUGAUGCUGAACGAAGAAGACGAGCGAGCUGCUCCCACAGAUUCGCGAAGGAGACAAGACGUGCGUUUGUUAGAACACACCAAAUGGGAGUUUGCAAAUGAAGUCAAAGCGAAACUAGAGGAAAAGCAGAGAGCUCGCAGGAGGCAGCAGAUUGAGAAUAAGCCAACUGAUUAUGUUUAUACUGAGCCACCUCCGGUUUGGUUCAAAGAGCAAUUUUGUGAUAAGAGCCAAAGACAAGUGUUCGCGUACCAGGGUGGAUAUUGGGCAUCUAAAGAGAAGCAACAAUGGCAAAUGUGUCCAGACAUUUACAACCUAGUGAUAAACCCUGAAAGGUACUUCAUGAGUGAGUUUGCAAUGAUGCUGAACGAAGAAGACGAGCGAGCUGCUCCCACAGAUUCGCGAAGGAGACAAGACGUGCGUUUGUUAGAACACACCAAAUGGGAUUUUGCAAAUGAAGUCAAAGCGAAACUAGAGGAAAAGCAGAGAGCUCGCAGGAGGCAGCAGAUUGAGAAUAAACCAACUGAUUAUGUUAAUACUGAGGCACAUCCGGUUUGGUUCAAAGAGCAAUUUUGUGAUAAGAGCCAAAGACAAGUGUUCGCGUACCAGGGUGGAUAUUGGGCAUCUAAAGAGAAGCAACAAUGGCAAAUGUGUCCAGACAUUUACAACUGACAAUUUAAGUUAAAUUGAUUCACCUUGAAUUAUUUUUCAAAUGUUCUCUAAAAGAUCGUAAUUAUCUAUUAUUAAAAGAUCG